UAUCAGGCUACUCUCAUCAGGAUACCACCGCCCAGCGGAGCCUUCGCUUUAAUAAAGCAUGAAGACUUCUUUAAUGAGCUUUCAUAAAGUCUUGUUCCUCUGCCUGACCAGACUCAGCUAUGUGGGGCAGGCAACACAACACCAUGAACCAGUCAGAGAAGGAAUGACACACACCAGUGGACACUGAAAGGCCCUCCACGGAAAGGUGACUUCCAGACUCUUCUCCUCCCCCAAACAUUUGAAUAUGCCAGGGCUUUAUGAUGAGCUCCAACAGUACAGACCCUGGCCUCUAUGUGACCCCUAGCGCCCCGGGAACCCCAGCCUACCCACAAUCCAACGCUCUCCUCCGAGUCUCCUGGCCGGAGCUGAGCAGCGGGGAUGACAACCACUCCUCCUUCGACCUCACCGGCUCUUUUAACGGGACAGCGGGGGUGAACGACCCCCUGGGGGGCCACUCGGUGUGGCAGGUGGUCCUCAUCGUGCUCCUCACCGGGCUCCUGUCUCUGGUCACCAUCAUCGGGAACAUCCUGGUGGUGGUCUCCUUCAAGGUCAACCGCCAGCUCAAGACGGUGAACAACUACUUCCUCCUGAGCUUGGCGGUAGCCGACCUCAUCAUCGGAGUCGUCUCCAUGAACCUGUACACGGCGUACAUCGUCAUGGGAACGUGGGCGAUGGGCAACUGGGCCUGUGACUUGUGGCUCGCCAUCGACUACGUCGCCAGCAACGCCUCCGUCAUGAACCUGCUGGUGAUCAGCUUCGACCGCUACUUCUCAAUCACCAGGCCCCUGACUUACCGGGCCAAACGCACCACCAGACGAGCCUGCCUCAUGAUCGGCCUGGCCUGGUUCGUGUCCCUGGUCCUGUGGGCCCCGGCGAUCCUGUUCUGGCAGGAUUUUGUGGGCGAGAGGACUGUUCCGCCCGACAAGUGCUACAUCCAGUUCCUGUCGGAGCCCAUCAUCACUUUCUGCACGGCCAUAGCUGCCUUCUACCUGCCCGUCACCAUCAUGAGCGUGCUCUACUGGCGCAUCUACCAGGAGACGCAGAACCGCUCCCAGGAGCUGGUGGGGCUGCAGGGGGCUGGGACCCGGGGCGGGGGCGUAGGGGGCGGGGUGGAUAAGGCCCGCUUUGUGCUUCACCAGACCGGGAGCUCCAGGAGCUGCAGCAGCUACGAGCUGACCCGGUCGUCCCAGAGGAAGAGCUCUGGGCGGGGGCUGGCGUCUCGCUUCCACUGCUGGCCUGUGAUGCGGUCCUGGAGGCCCGGGGGUGGAGGCCAGCCUGGGGAGGCCGACCCGGAACACAGCAGCAGUGACAGCUGGAACAACAACGAGGCGGGGGUGUCCAUGGACCACUCGGGGUCGUCCGAGGACGAGGAGGGGAACGGGAGAGCCGUGAUUCCUCAGAGCCAUGCCAUCUUCUCCAUCGUCCUCAACCUGCCGGGGAUGAAGGCGGCGGUGAACUCCCAGCUGACGUCCUGCGAGGAUCUGGACGCCGCGUCGGAGGAGGAGCCCCUGAGGGCGUUGGAGGACAACCACGACCGCCUCUCCACCACCACCACCGUCACCACCACUCCCGACGGGGGCAGCGCAGACAACAGCUUCACCAACCGCAUCGCCAAGAUCCAGUCCAUGCCCUCCAUCCAGGCCGCCAAAGUCGGGCCUUUCGCAGGCCACUCCCCCAAUGCCUCCACCAUCACCAAAUCCACUUCGGCGCCCAUUUCCCUGAAAGAGGCGGCCUUGGCCAAGCGUUUUGCCUCGAGGGCUCGGACUCAGAUCACCAAACGCAAGCGCAUGUCUUUGGUGAAGGAGAAGAAAGCCGCCCAGACGCUCAGCGCCAUCCUGCUGGCCUUCAUCAUCACCUGGACGCCCUACAAUAUCAUGGUGCUGGUCAACACUUUCUCUGCCGGCUGUAUCCCCGAGGCCUUGUGGGCGCUGGGCUACUGGCUGUGCUACGUCAACAGCACCGUCAACCCCAUGUGCUACGCUCUCUGCAACAAGACCUUCCGCACCACCUUCAAGAUGAUCCUGCUCUGUCACUGGGACAAGCGCAAGCGCAGGAAGCAGCUGUUCCAGCAGAGGCAGUCGGUGGUGUUCCACAGGAGGAUUCCCAGAGACUCCACGUAGAAGGACGGUUCCACGGACUGUAGAUCCGACAGCUCCUGAGAGGAACACCGCGAAAUUCUGGCCUGUGAGGCGGGGACCCCCCCCCCGCGGCUUUCAGAGGAGGCCAUGCUCGUCAGGGGAUGUUUGACCCCUCGCUGAGGAACCGAGGCCAGGUGGAACGUUCCUAGCGUUCUAUAGCGAGAACCGGAGAGAUGACCUCCAGUGUUCUCUGCCACAAGGGCAGCUGUGUUUUCUAAAUGACUGAAGUGAAAGUUAAUUGAAAAAGGCUUUAAACGCAUUGAGGUAAUUUUAAAAGUGCAAUUGACAACCAAGGGAGAUAAUGCGUCUGUAAUGGAAUUGAGGUUUGACAUUUCUUACCGUUAUCUGUCUCAGUGGUACAGUACAUCAGUGAAGUAAACUUGGCCCACAGGUUAUAAUAUAGCAUUGAAAGCCAAGACCAAAAGGUUGUUGGUGUCAUUAGUCUACAUUGUAUUGAUUUUACUGUAUGCUGACUGUUGGUUAUCUAAGCUUGAUAUCCUUUUCUUUGGAUCUUGUGUACAUUGCUUUUGUACUUGAAUAUAGCUUUCCUGUGUCAACAAAAAUAUUGAGAAUUUGAAGCUGUGUCACUUUUUGCAGGUAUUGGUUAUAUUUGUGUAAUUGGUUGUUCUACGGUAACCUGGAAAACCAGCCUAAUUUCACAAAGUUCAAUUACAAGGUACAGUAAGCACAGCGGCCAGUCUAGUUUACCUGGCUGGUCUACGGAUAUUACUUAAUAGGUUUUGAGCCAGUCUGAGAACUGAGUUGAGAAUAAACUGUAGCUCUUCAAAGAGGUGUUCUUAUGUUCAAUGUGAUUGUUGUGGUUUACAUGGUGAAGACAAUAAGUGCAUCAAGAAAUUCAGAUGUUGUGUAUCUGAGGUUUUAUGUAAUAUGUGCAGUAUAAGUAAUCAUAUACUGAUAGUGAUUUAUUGGGAAACGUUUUGUCGAACUUGAUACAAAAUGAUUGUACACUACAGUUCCAAGGUCCAUCAGUAUAAUUUGUUCUCUGUUUAUAAUGACUGGAUUCAGUAAAACGCUUAUGCCAUUAUGUCUCAUUUUCUGUCAACACUAAAUAUACAUACUUUACAUCUCCUUUGAGACUGGUCGCAAUAUAAAAUCUCCCAGUAUUUCAUAUAGCAACGCAACAGCAUCCCCUGUUGGAUAAAGAGAAAACUACACUUAAAUAAAUAAAUCCUGAUAAGAAAAUGAAAACAGUCCAAUAGGUUAAAUUAUAUGAAUGUUCUGAUGUUAUAAAAAAUACAGAUGCAUCAAACCUCCGAUGCAUACUGAAACCCUUUUUUGUGAAUGUUUUGACAUUUUCUGCAUACUUACUAAAGCAAGCCAGAAGCAAAUAUUGAAACACACCUUGUGCUGCGCCAGCCAGAGACACCGAAUGAGAGGAUUCUGCCUUUUUCUUUUCUUUCUGUUUUUAUUGCUUUUCAAUACAAUGUGAGCAGUGUUAUUACUUUGUUGAUCCACUCAAGAUUUUCUUUCUGUUUUUACAUUUGAAACUACC